AUGACCUCUCCUGCCUUCGGGUCCGCCCUCAAACUAAAUCUCUCCAACAUCGUGAUGGAUAUCCUCGCCUGCGCUAGCCUUUCGCUGUUGGAGCUGGCCGUGCUUCAACCCGCCGGGGAAUUCAACGGCCUCGCAGCUUUCCGGCGGUUCCUCGUCGUCCUCGUCGCGCAGUAUGCCGUGCUCAAAUUCUACCGCGUCGUCCUGUAUCCCAACUUCUUCUCGCCGCUUAGACACCUUCCGGGACCUAAGGACCACAACCUGCUCCUCGGCCAGGAACUGCGCAAGCUCAGGGCCGACGGCCCCGCCAGCAUGCAGCUCGAGUGGAUGCGGCGGUGGCCGGACGCGGCGUUCAUCCGGUACGUUUCGUUCGCGGGGCGGGAGGUGCUGCUGGCCAACAGCCUGGACGCGCACCGGGCCGUCGUGCAGACGCACGCCUACGACUUCGUCAAGCCGCCCCUGUUCGCCCGCCUCGUCGGCGAGAUCACCGGCACCGGCCUGCUGUUCGCCGAGGGCGCUACCCACCGCCGCGAGCGCCGCCUGCUCGCCGGCCCCCUCUCCGUCCCCGGCGUGCGCAAGCUCGCCCCCGUCUUCCGCGCCAAGGCCGCCGCCCUCUCCGACGUCUUCGCCCGUACCCUCGCCGGCAAGCCGCGCGCCACUAUAGAAGUCCUCGACACCUUCUCCCGAUCGACCAUGGACACGAUCGGCGUGACCGUGCUCGGCGUCGAGCUCGACGAGCUGUCCGCAGCGCACCCGCUCGGCUUCCGGGAGCUGUACGGGCGGCUGCUGCACCAGGGGCGGACGGGGCAGCUGCUCUCGGUGGUGAACGCGUUCGUGCCCAUCCGGCGCCUGGCCGCGCCGCUGGCCGCAAACCGCCGCUUCCUCCGCGCCACGCGGGACCUGCGCGCGAUGCUGCGCGACGUCGUCGAGCGGCGCGCUGCCGAGCUCGCCGCGGGACGCUUCGGCGGCGGCAAGGCCGAAUCCAGGGACCUCCUAACCUACAUGCUGGAGGAGGCCCAGACCCGCCGCCGCGAGACGGGCGCCGACAUAUGGUCCGUGGAUGACAUCAUCGGCCACCUCCUAAACUUCACCUCCGCCGGCCACGAGAGCACAGCUACCACGCUGUCCUGGUCGGUCUACGUGCUCGCGACGCACCCCGCCAUGCAGGACCGCCUGCGGGUCGAGAUCCGGGGCCUGCUCGCGGCGCACCCGGAGCCCGACCACGACGCGAUCGCGGCGCUGCCGUUCCUGCACAACUUCGUGCGCGAGGUGCUGCGUGUCUACCCGCCGUCCUACAUGGCCCAACGCGAAGCCGUCCGCGACCUGGUCCUGGACGGCGUGCACGUCCCGCGCGGCACGCAGGUCGACCUGUGCAUCCCGCUGGCGCAUCAGCACCCGGGGGUUUGGGGGUCAGGCGCCGCGGCCUUCGACCCGGACCGGUGGGACGCGCUCGCCGCCGCCGCCGCCAGCCCCUUCGCCUUCGAGGCCUUCCUCCAGGGGCCCCGUGCCUGCCCCGGCCGCGCCCUCGCCCUCGCCCUCGUCAAGGCGGUCCUCGUCACCCUCGUGCCGCGGUGGUGCUUCGUCGGCCUCCGCCGGCGACGGCGCCCGGGGCAGACAGAGGAAGAAGAGGAGGACGACGACGACAACGACGACGCUCCGGUCAAGCUCGCUAACCCGAGUCUGACGCUGGGACCCGCCGACGGGCUGCACGUGCGGUUCGAGAGGGUUUGACGAGGACGGGCGGAUUUGGUGGGUUGGUUGGGGGAACGUGACGGAGGCCAGAUAAGAGAGAAGCGCGAUGGACAGGGCUCCCGUUGCUCCUGUUUUUUCGAUACCCAUCGCUUUCCUAGGGAGUCCCGGAAACGGACGUAUUCUAAUAUAUGCGACGGACAAUUCGAUCUCGCGUUUAUUAGGCGUUCGCUCAUUAUCUCUUCUAUCUCUACUAGGGUAGGACCUGGCCUUGACUAGAUUUGAUAGCCGCGCGUUUCGCGUACACGUAUGCGUACGAGGGCGUGCAGGUAUAGGGCCGCCCA